AUUGCCUGAUACCACUUUUUUUUAAAAGUUGUGUUGUGGAUACUGUACCUGUCAAUUCCAGAUUGCUUUGACAUUUUUCGUUAAAAUGAUACAUAAAGUAAAUUGUGUCAAACGUAAAACGUACUCAGAGGAUGAUUCAGAUGAAGAAAGAGAUAGUAUUCAGAUUGGACACCAUUAUAUGGUUAAAAGAAAGGAUAAUGAGUGGAGCAAAGCUGAAGUUAUUCAAAGAAGAUUCAACAAACAGGGGAAGUUCACAGAGUAUUAUGUCCACUAUGAUUCCCUUAAUAGGAGACUAGAUGAGUGGGUUCCUUAUGACAGGAUAAUUGUACAUAAUAAUGAAUCUAGUGAUGAAUCUGAAUCUUAUGAAGGAGCAAGGUCAAGCGAGUCUUCAGAAGAAUCUUCUCAGUUGAAUUUGUCACCAUUCAAGACUUUACCUAGUGAAGAGAAUGAUGGAGCAAGAGCUGUAGAUGAUGUUGAAAAAGAGCACGCUGAAAUUACAAAAGUGAAAUAUAUUAAUACAAUACAGUUUGGGAUUUAUGAAAUUGAUACAUGGUAUUUUAGUCCUUACCCUGACGAGUAUGGGGAACAAGAAAAAUUAUAUAUAUGUGAAUAUUGCUUAAAAUACAUGAAGCUUGAAAAAACCUAUAGAUACCACAUGAGUGAAUGUAUAUGGCGAGCUCCUCCAGGCACCGAAAUAUACAGAAAAGGAACAUUAUCAAUUCAUGAAGUGGAUCCUGCACUGAAUAGGCUUUACUGUCAAAACUUGUGUUUGCUUGCAAAGUUAUUUAUUGAUCAUAAAACAAUUUUUUUUGAUGUUGAACAAUUUUUAUUUUACAUACUAUGUGAAGUUGAUAAACAUGGAGCACAUAUAAGAGGUUAUUUUUCUAAAGAAAAAGAAUCUCCUGAUGGCCACAAUGUGGCAUGUAUAUUAACACUGCCUCCAUUCCAAAGGCAAGGGUAUGGAAAACUUCUCAUUGGGUUUUCUUAUGAAUUAUCAAAAUUAGAAGGAAUUGUAGGCACUCCAGAGAAACCUCUUUCUGAUCUAGGAAAGCUGUCUUAUCGUUCAUAUUGGUCUUGGGUUUUGUUAGAUAUUCUCAAAGAUUUUCAUGGGUGUGUGCCUAUUUCAUAUUUAUGUAAAAUGACUAGUAUGACAGAGAAUGAUAUUAUCAAUACUCUUGAAGCGAUGAAUAUGCUGAAAUAUUGGAAUGGGAACGAUAUCAUUUGUGUCACGCCUGCUUUGGUGGAGUCUCAUAUUUUAUCACCUCAGUUCAAGAGGCCAAGGCUGACAGUCGAUGCAAAUGCUAUCACGUGGUGCCCCUACCGUACUCAGCAAAACUCACCUUGUGAAGACAGAAAUCACAUUAAGUCUGUUUGUGUGAAAAUGGUUCCAAAUUUGCUCGUUAUGGCCAGUGGUGGGGGCAAAUCAGAAGAUUUAAAAGAUAAUGCUUAACCCGUACGAGCAACAGAGUGCUCCACCUCUUUCCACCACUAGUAUCCAUAGAAGACAGAUGCUCUGAGGGUGCCCUCGGGUAACAAAGAGAUGUUUUAAGCUGGCAUAAAAAUGAUUGCAGUGAUGAGUUAGACAGUGGAAACACAGUUUAAAAAUUUUCUUUUUGUUUGAUAUAUUUUAUAAAUAUUUAAUUUAUGAACAAUAAAAUAUUUAAUUUCGUA